AUGUUUACAUCCUUGGCGCUUCCGCUCUCAGGCUGACUAAAGCUAACAGAAACAAGCUAGCAGUUAGCCAGGUGGAUGUUUUCCCGCUCAGGUUUGACUGUGGCGCGUGGUUCUUUUAGAUUAACUGAGUCGCUCAGUGCUGUAACGUUUAACCGUGUGUGUGACGUCAUCACCCCGGUGUUCAGCCGCCGGUUAACCGUUCUUCUCUCCCGGUACAGACUGCCUCCUGUGACCGGUGUAACGUUCAGGAGUUUCUCCGGAAACAGAAAAAUGCCCAAAAAAGUCAAAGCGGUGAAAGCUCAGCCGGCUGCUGUUGGAGCGUCUCCCACAGAAGCUUCCUGUCCCGUGUCUCGAGACAAAAGUGGAGCCGUCACCAUCACGGUGCACGCCAAGCCCGGCUCCAAACACAGCAGCAUCAUAGACGUUUCAGCAGAGGCAGUGGGCAUCGCCAUCGCAGCUCCUCCUACAGACGGAGAGGCGAACACCGAGCUCAUCCGAUACCUGGCUGAAGUCCUGGAGCUGAAGAAGAGUCACAUCUCUCUUGACAAGGGCUCCAGGUCCAGAGACAAACUCAUCAAAGUGGACUCCUCUCUCAGUGAGGAGGAGGUGCUGAGGAGGCUCAGACAGGCUGCAGGCUGACAGGAGGGACGGUGGAGGAGGAUGGAAGGACAGAGACCAGUGAGGCUGCUGGGACUCCAAAAGAAAGACCAGAACAGACCGAUGAGCAGGAGUGGUUUCCAUCUCUGGACCUGCUGCAGCUUCAGGACAGAAACGUCCGUCUGCAGACGGGAUGGGAUGUUUAUAUGUUGGAUCUCUGGAGGAGGAUUGUUACCAAACCUGAAUUAGAAACAUUGAUGUGAUUCUAGUAAAAAUCAAACCGUAUAAAUACCUGUAACGCUACCAUGGCAACAAAAACAGAAGUCUAAGGCACCGAUAUCAGGAUGUUUCUGUUGAAGAAAAAUGACUUCACUCUGAUGACCUUAUUGUGCAGUUUGGACAGUGAGCAGGUGCUUCUUUCCUUUCCUUCACACCUGUCUUAGGAAAUAGUUGUAGUUAUUUGAAGUUCUUUUUGAUUCUAUCGAUCAUUUGCAUAACAGAUUCUAUCAAUUUAAAGGUCGCAAACUAUCUGAAAUCCACGUUUCCAUGUUCCUCUAACACUAAUAUGUGUCUCUAGUCUGUCUACAGACCCCCCAAUGAUGAGAAAAGUCCAUCCUCUCCGUCUUUUGCCUGCUCCACUUUUCAGAAAAUGUGUGCUCAAACAGGCCGUUUGGAGAGUUUCCCUUCAUGACAUCACAAAGGGCAGUAACCCCUCCCCCAGGUGGGUGACACUCCCACAGCUAGGUGUUUGUUCUGCCCUCUGAGUCUGCCUUCGCACCGUAAACAAUAGGGCAUGGAGCGAGAAAGCCCGAGACACCCAAGCCCUUCCAGAGAGGGGGUGUGGUCAGACACAGCUCAUUUACAUUUAAAGGUACAGACACAGAAACAGCCUGUUCUGAGCAGGGCUGAAAUAGAGGGGUUUAUAGACAUGAUCAAAUACAGGAUCAGAGUGGAUUUAGAACAAGAAACUUCACACACAUGUUUUAAGGAGCUCUGAGACUUAAGAGGAGGAGAAUAUGUGACCUUAAAACAACAGAGAGAGUUUAUUUAUAGCACAUUUCAUAAGGAAGGCGAUUUAAAUAAUAAAUAAAAAUGAAAUGGAAAUAUAAAAAAAGAAAAAUCGUGUUUUUAAAUAAAAAAGUAUGAUUGAAUCUGUGUGAUUUUAUUUGUAUCACUUUUUUAUAAAAAUUAAAUAACUUUUUUUUU